UGGUUGUCUAUUUAAGAGGAGAAGUGGCCAGUCUGAGAUGACCCAGAUUCAGUGCCUUGUUCUUGUUCUUGAAGUAAAAAAUGGGCGUUUUGGAUCAUGUCUCUGAGUAUUUCGAUUGCAGUUCCCACAGCUCUAAGCACAAGAAACGCAAGCAAUUGCAGACAGUGGAAUUAAAGAUUCGAAUCGACUGCGAAGGUUGCGAGAGGAAGGUGAGGAGAGCGUUGGAGGGGAUGAAGGGGGUGAAGACCGUCGACAUUGAUCGCAAGGCCAAUAAAGCCACCGUCGUCGGAUACGUCGAGCCGUCCAAAGUGAUGGCGCGUGUCACUCACCGUACCGGUAAGAAGGCGGAGCUCUGGCCUUAUGUGCCGUACGACGUCGUGGCACAUCCCUACGCGCCGGGAGUGUAUGACAAGAAGGCUCCAGCUGGGUACGUGCGAAAGGCUGAUGAUCCCGGUGCGUACCAGCUCGCACGUGCGAGUUCUACUGAGGUUCGCUAUACGACGGCGUUUAGUGACGAAAAUCCCGCGGCGUGUGCUGUUAUGUAAUGUGCUGUAAUUUUGUUGCUUUUAUUUUUAUUAUUUUGUGGGUUUUUGUUUUUUUCAUAAUUUUGUUAGUUAAUGUAAUUAUUGGUUUGGAUAUUUUUGUUCUUUAGUCUAAAGUGUUAUUAUUAUUAUUAUUAUUAUUUUGUGGUAUGAUUAAUA